ACCUGGAGCCGGCGGCCUUACCUCGGCCCUGUAGGGCCUUGUUCCGAAGCUCCGCCUUCUCUCCGCUCUUUCUAGAAACCCAGCUUUGCUCUUGGCGGUGCCGGACAGGUAUUUCCUGGCCGCUGCGGGUACCCGUGGGACAGUCCGUUGCACUGAAGCGCGUCCCAGACGCGUGUGUGAGACCCCCAUGGCGGAUACGGCCCCGAACGGCCCCCGAGGGGCGGGCGCAGUGCAAUUCUUGAUGGCCAAUAAACUGGACACGGCAAUGUGGCUUUCUCGCUUGUUCACAGUUUACUGCUCUGCUUUGUUUGUUCUGCCUCUUCUUGGGUUGCAUGAAGCAGCAAGCUUUUACCAACGUGCUUUGCUGGCAAAUGCUCUGACUAGUGCUCUGAGACUGCACCAAAGAUUACCACACUUCCAGUUAAGCAGAGCAUUCCUGGCCCAGGCUUUGUUAGAGGACAGCUGCCACUACCUGUUGUAUUCACUCAUCUUUGUCAAUUCCUACCCUGUUACAAUGAGUAUUUUCCCAGUCUUGCUAUUUUCUUUACUUCAUGCUGCCACAUACACGAAAAAGGUCCUUGAUGCAAAGGGUUCAAAUAGUUUACCUCUGCUGAGAUCUCUCUUGGAUAAAUUAAGCACUAAUCAACAGAAUAUUCUGAAAUUCAUUGCUUGUAAUGAAAUAUUCUUGAUGCCUGCUACAGUUUUUAUGCUUUUUAGUGGUCAAGGAAGUUUGCUCCAGCCUUUUAUAUACUAUAGAUUCCUUACUCUUCGAUACUCCUCUCGAAGAAAUCCAUAUUGUCGGACCUUGUUUAAUGAACUGAGGAUUGUUGUUGAACAUCUAAUAAUGAAACCUGCUUGCCCACUGUUUGUGAGAAGACUUUGUCUCCAGAGCAUUGCCUUUAUAAGCAGACUGGCACCAACAGUUGCAUAGUUUAACAUCCAGCUAAGUUAUAUAUAAUAUAAAUAAGCAUUGUUAGCUGCUGGUACUUCUGCUAUGGAUGGUUAAUUCCAGGUGUAAAACUGACCUCAAUGCAAUUUACAUAAUUUACAUAAAUGCAUCUCGAAAGAAAAAUGAUCAUUUUCCUGGCAUGUUAAAUCAAGCCUUUUAAACACUUUCUGAGAAACUUUAUUGUAAUGUAUUGUUAAUAGUUAGGGAAGUUUGAAUCUUGUGAUAAAUGUAUCAAAAAUUCUUUAGAUGCUGCUGUGCCUUUAUCAUGAAGUACAUUUAUUUCUCUGGUAAAAAUAGCUCUAAAAUUUGUUUUCAUCUAAUUGGUAACCUGAAUUUAUAUCUGGCAUGAGUUCAUUAUAGUAACAUUAACAUGUAAAUUCAGUAUAUUUUGAGACAGUAUUCUUUUGCCAUUCAGUAAUUUUGGUUGAUGAUUUGAACAAAAACACUUCCCACUGUAUUUAAUUUCAAAUUGCUUUUAAAUUGAUUUUGUGCUGCUUUGUUAGGACAGAUUUAUUUUAGAUGUACCAUUAUAAUAGGAAUUCUAUAUGUAUCUUAUACUAUGACCUUCCAAAAUUUUAUUUUCAUAAUUACUUCUGUGGCUUUGAAUAUUUUUUUUUUUAAAAGGCCCAACUGAAAGCUUGUUAACCAAUUGGGUAAAUAUUUGUGGUCACCUAAGCGUUUUACAUCAGAGAGCAAUACAGUAGUCGGACAGUUUUCCUUUCACAGACCCAUUGAGUAACAUUUCUCAAAUAGGAAAUCCUUCUUUUAGAAAUGUGGAUACAUAGGUUUUAGUAUUACUGUAGUUUAUACAAUUACUUAGAUCAGAUUCUUGACUGUGAGUUUUCUCGGUUUCUUAGGCUUGAUUUUCAUAGACAGUUGCAGCAAUUCAGAUGCCUUUUGAAAGGAAUGUAACUGAAGAUUGAGCGCAUGAUUAAACUUUGUAUCUGUUCUGAAAUAAUAAUGAAGAUUAUACAUACUUACCCAUCAAAUCUGACUUAAAAGGUUAAAUAGAAAGGUUUAUAGGAAAGGUUAUUGCCUGGGAAUGGAGCCAGGGGAGGAGUUGUGGGGGAAAUAGUACACGUUUUGGUGGUGUAACGCACAGCUGUAUUUGGGGGGGUUGGAUGUAUUAUGCAACUGUGAUUUGAGUUGUAUAAUAUGUUAAAUGUGUUCGUUGAGCUUCCAUUAACUCCUUUUUAAAAUUCAUUCUGAUCUUUAUUGUUGCAUGAUUGGACAUGUUUAAAACCUUGCAAAAUGUAAAUACAGAGUAAUGUAACGGUUUUUUGUGACCAGUUUUCUUCUAUGUGCAUGUAACUCGGAUUUCUCCAGUAUACUCUGACUUAUCAGUAACAUCAGUUUUCUUUUUCAACUUUUUGAUCUAUAGAAAUGUGAUACCUACUUGAUAGCUCAACUGUCACCAGCUAUUUUUGUAAUUUUGUAAUAUUUAUCUACUAAGUUAGAGAAGCCUCGUAGUAUACAGUUGAUUGUAGGGGUGGGGCAGUCUCACUAUCACUAUGUAUCACUAUCUGAUGGUUUUAAAAACUAAACUUUCUAGAGCAAUAAAGUAAUUAUAAGGUUAAGUAAACAAUAUAUUAUUGAUUUCUAAUGACGUUUUUAAAAAUUUGAAUUGUAUCAAGAAAUUUUGGCAGCUGAAGGCAUACUUUUAAGUUACUAGGUGUUUUUGUUUGCUUUUACAAUUUUUUUUAAUCUUGAGAUAAUUUUAGAUUUGUAGAAGAGUUGUAAAAAAUAGUAAAGAGAGUUCCUAUAUACCCUUUACUCAGCUUCUCCUUGUGUUAACAGCUUCCAUAACUAUACAACAUUUAUUAAAACUAAGAAAUUAACCCUGGAGCAAUGCUAUUAACUAUUAAGGUACAGAACUUAUUCACAUUUCACCAGUUUUUCCAUUUAUUAAUUUUCUUUUUGUGUGCUCUGUUUCUACCAUGAUGUUUCUUUGAAUGAUCUAUAAGUAUGCCUCUGUUUUUGGUUUUUCCUCUUUAUGUUGAAAAUUACUAUUGGUCAAAAGGAUUUUCCUAAAGGAAAUAAUUCAUGUUUAACAAAAAGAAUAUAACAUUAAUACUAUUACAAUUUAAAACCCUCUGUGCUUCAAAAGUCAAUGCUUUUAUCACAUAAUGGAGUUAUAUUUCUGAUAUGCUCAUGUUCUUUAAAGGAAGGCUUGAUUUAUAAACAAAAUACUACUAAACUCAUGAAAAAAUAAAUCUUACAAUUUGAGCAUUACUAGAUGUUUAGUUAGCAUGAACAUGUAGUUAGGAAUUUUGCAGUAUGAAUACAUACAACUAGCUAAUUUGACAUCUGAAAUUAUAGGGUAACUUGCAUAUCUAUCAAAUUAAAAUUAAGGAAAUAGAGUAUAUAGAAUGAAUGUACUAGGAGAAGUUAUAGCUGCAUAGCUGAAUUUAUUUUUACUUACAGGUUUAAAAAAAAGUUGAUUUAACAUCCAGAAUAUCUAAUUCUUUAGGAAGUGGUAUAAUGCUGCUGUUCUUCUAGUACUUUUAGAUAUUAAACCUUCUUGGACAGGUGGAACAAAAUCUACUUUAUUUCUAACAAAGAUUCUAUAUUCCAUUUGUAUACUUGAUUCCUCAUGAAUUUUAACUAACAUCAGUCUAAAGAGAAAUUUCAUAAAUAACAAUUAAUAUUUAAAUUAUCUUGGCGUAAAAUUCACGAAGGUAGAUGCUCCUAGAAGAAGUAAGCAAGAAAAAAAGCUAACCUUUUUUUUUCCCCCGGAACGCCAGCCCCUCACUGCUGCGGCCUCUCCCGUUGCGGAGCACAGGCUCCGGACGUGCAGGCCCGGCGGCCACGGCUCACUGGGCCCAGCCGCUCUGCGGCAUGUGGGAUCCUCCUGGACCGGGGCACGAACCCACAUCCCCUGCAUGGGC